CGUAUAUUACAUCAUGCCGUGGACUGUGGAGGUGCGUGUUGAACAGCUUUGACAGACGUGUUCAGUGGAGAUGUGUAACCCCCCAGUGGAUAUGGCAUAAUAUUAGACGUGCACGUGGAGGGUUAAAUGCUCAUUAGUCGGUGGAGAGGCUUACGGGGGUGUGCCGAUCCAUACCGUGUCGCUCCGUGGCCAGUCGUUGAGAGCUCCGCGAGCUGUGUCUCGCAGUCUCGUCGUCUGUCUCGUCGUCUGUCUCGUGGCGAUUUCCUUGGAGGGACGGGAAAUGAACACCGGCAACUGAAUGUAUCGUAGACACUUGGCCAUGAGGCCCCCUAGUGGGCAGCCCAUGACAGAGACAAUGUCCCAUUACAAGCGGCCUCGUACCCAGAGCCCUCAGGCCCACCGUGAGAUCCCUCAGGGGUAUAUCUACGUGACUCCUGCCGACCAGCAACGGUUUCCUAUGACUGCUGCUGGACAGCACUACUCAGCGAUGUACCCACACCAGGCUGCACGGCAUCAGGAAAUAGCGGUUGAUUAUCGUGAUCAGAGAGGAGAUCAGUUUAAUAUUCGAAGACGACCUUCUUUGCUCUCUGAGUUCCAAGGACACACGGGAACAGAACGUGACCGGAGCAAUGAAUACUACAGCUUUGAACCGGUCCGAGCACCACCUGUCACCACACAGACCGAGACGGAGCCAGUCUUGGCCCCAAAGCGCCCUCGACUUUCCAUGGAGAGCCAAGAAGACGUCAAGCCAAUUAGACCGGUACCCUUGGCCACCGAUCCACGCUUGCACAUUGCUCAGCCCGAGAUCAAGAAGGAGCAGCCGUACUUCCCCAAGGUUGAGAAUGUUUCGCCCACCCCCAUUGAGCAGGAGUCCCCAUCUAAACUGUCCAAGGAAGGCCUGGUCCAAUCUAUGCAGAGAGUGGAUCGGGAGAUUGCCAAAGUGGAGAAUCAGAUCAGUAAACUCAAGAAGAAACAGCAGCAGGAACUAGAGGAACGAGCAACCAAGCCACCCCAGACAGACAAGCCAGAGUCACCUAGCAGCCUGAUACCCGAACCUAAACAACAGAACAUCAUACAGGUCAUAUAUGCCGAGAACAGGAGAAAGGCUGAAGCAGCUCACAAUAUGCUUGCCAACCUUGGACCUGGUAAUGACUUGCCGAUGUACAACCAGCCGUCUGACAGUGAGCAGUACCAAGAAAAUCUUAACACGAAUGUGGAGAUGAAAAGAAAGCUCAUCCUCUAUUUCAAACGAAGAAAUAGUGCCAAGAAGAUGAGGGAGAGAUACCUGUGCCAAAGAUAUGAUCAGCUCUUUGGGGUGUGGGAGAAGAGGAUGGAACGGCUGGAGAACAAUCCCAAGAGAAAAGCCAAAGAUGCCAAGGUGCGAGAAUACUUUGAGAAACAAUUCCCAGAGAUCCGUAAACAACGAGAACAACAGGAGAGAUUCUCCAGGGCUGGGACCCGAAGUAGCUGGGGCAACAUUGCCCGUAGCGACGCUGAGUUGGCCGAGAUUGUAGACGGCUUGAAUGAACAGGAAGCCAAUGAUAGACACAUCCGUAGCCUGGCCGUGGUGCCCCCGCUACUGUUUGAUGCUGAGCAGAGAAGGGUCAAAUUCAUCAACAAAAAUGGUCUGGUUGAGGAUCCUCUGAAGGAACACAAGAAUCGUCUACGACUGAACAUCUGGGACGACGAGGAGAAGGAGAUCUUUAGAGAGAAGUUUAUCCUUCAUCCCAAGAACUUCCAGCUUGUGGCUUCCUUUCUGGAGAGGAAGAGCAUUGCAGACUGCGUUCUGUACUACUACCAAACCAAAAAGAACGAGAGUUACAAACAGAUGCUGCGUAAAACUCACGUCAGUAAGCGUAAGAAGGGCUUCCCUCCUAAGGCGUCGGUCAGUCGUAAUCAGCAGGUGGAGAUUGAAGUCAAGGAGGAGAAGGACAAGGACGUGGAGGAAUCAACGGACCAGUCCAAGGAUAAAGACAAGUCUUCCAAGGACAAAGACAAAGUCAAGGAAGAAAUGAAAGACUCCAAAGAGGAAACCAAAGAUGACAAGCAGGAGGCAAAAAAGGAGAAAGGGGAGGAGCCAGAGACAGACAAGAUGGAGACUGAUAGCAAAGAUAAGAAGAAUGAAUUGAUGACGAGUGAGAAAGGCGAGGGGAGCAACAAGGAGAGAUCCAGUAGCACCCCAAUCAAGACGGAACCAUGUACCUCUGACUCCUCCCCCAACACAUGUUCCCUGUGCAAAAACCAACUAGACACCUACAGCUUGAGCAGACCGGUCAAUGAGAGCAACUGCGAUACGUUCGGGGUCAACAAGACCGAGGUCACGCCCAACAUGAGGGCGUGCAGUCGCUGCCGAUGCAGGUCCAUCAAACGCAGAUGUCCAAUGCCAUUCUGCAAGACUCCCCGGAGGCGAGUGAGACGUCUCAAGAGUUUGCCAGCCAAGUGGGCGGAGCUACCCCAUGACCAGAAGAAAGGCAUCUCUGAGGAGCUAGGCCUACCAGUGGACCAGAUCACCAACAAGUGUUGUGCAGCGUGCUUCAAUCGUAUCGCUAGGAAGCUAGGCACGGACGGGACAGAGCUAGAAGGCACUGGGACCACGCCACCACCGGAUGGACAAGAACCAGUAAUCAAUGAAACUUCAAGAUGGACUGAAGAGGAGAUGGAGAUCGCCAAAGAAGGUUUGCUGAAACAUGGCCGAGACUGGGCCUCCAUCUCCAAAUCCGUCGGUACCAAGACAGAAGCUCAGUGCAAGAACUUCUACUUCAACUACAAGAGGAAAUUCAACCUGGAGCAGAUCCUGGAGGAGCACAACAGGAAAGCCAAGGCGGAAAGGGAACACCGCAUCUCCACCACAGAAAGCACCGUUUCUACGCUGACGGCCAUGUCGGAUGACGAUGAUGAUUCCAUGAUGUUCAGCGACGAAGACAACGAUGCUGACAAUGACCUGGGGAGCUCAGACACUGACAGCGCCAGCGAGAACGAAGGAGAUGGCUUGCCCAGAAAGCCUAAGAAAGGAGGCGGAGGAGAGGUGGGUCUUGGAGCAGCUGAGCCAAUGGAGGUGGGAGCUCCUAGUGGAGGGCCUGGGAUGGCUCCGAGUAGCGCCGGUGGGGACAACAAGGGGAGUUUACCGGACACAGGGCAUGACAAAAACCAGUCGGGAAACGACAAGGGUGGUGGUAGGGCAAGCGAACAACAAGAGGGGGCCAGACGCGAGGUUGCAAACCCCGAACAACAACCAAAACAGCAGCAGAUGGUAGACGCUGACGCUGCUAAGAAGCCGACAUCAGAAUCGCAGCAACCUCCUGGUCCAUCCUCUCAACCCGACAGGUCAUCUCUGACAUCAGAGAUGCCGUCAACCCAUGCCGAACUCCCCCCGGGACCGACCCUCACUUCGUCGCGCCCGCGUGAUGAUGACGACUCCAGCGCUACCUGCAGUGCAGACGAAGAUGUGGAAGCCGUGGUUAUCCAAGAACCGACCAACUCCUCAAUGAUGCCACUGACUCGCAGAGCCCUGGAGAGUCAAGGACAGGGAGGCGACAAAGUCUCCUCAAGCGACGAGAAGCGAUACAUCCGCUCACUCCACCAGCUUCCAACCAGCAGAGAGCGAUUAGGAGAACUCUCCUCCUCAUCGCAACCUCCAUCCCAGCCGCCAGCUCAGGCCCUACAGGAACGUAGGCAAUCUAGGGUGGAGGCCCCUGGGGAUGCCACCAGCUCGGGGAAGCCUAACCAGACCCUGGCCGAGUAUCUCGGAAUGGAAGGCAAGGUCAAUAACAUCAAGGAUUUGAUUGACUCAGCCAUUGACAGGCAUCUUGGAAAUUCCUCCACUGCUAGUUCUCCCGGCCAGCAGGACUCGGUGACAAGCAACCCUUCGAGUCUCUCCGAUCCCCGUCGGAGUCCAGCAUCUGCCAAGGACCCCAAGGAUUCCCAAGAAGGCCGCCGCUCCUCAGAGAGCAUGUACAGAGACAUGCACUCGGGGCGGAGCUCCUCCUGGGCAGACUCCAGCGACAGCAAAGACCGUCGGCCGUCGGUGUCUAGAGCAGACCCUGGGAUGGCGUACGUCUCGCCCCACAUCUCCCACACGUCUCAAGUCCAUCAGAGAACCCAACAACAGCAACAGAAGCAGCUACAGGAUCGGGAUGUCUAUGAAGUGGGAAGCAGCCACCCGGAUAUACCCAGUAUGAGGUACCCAAGUGGAGCCAUCAGUCGGGCGUUGUACCCAGGCACCCGCUACCAACGAGACGCCCAUGGAGAGAUCUACCCAGACCGGGAUCAACACCCUCAUGUCUCCUCCCCUCCUGGUGCAGCCACUGGAGCCCGGCCGGCCAGGUCUGGUUCCCCAUUUGCCCUGGUACCCAUGGACAGGGUUUCACAGUCGCAGCAGCAGCACCGGCCUAUCCCGCAUCUCAGAUCCACGAACGUGCCACCACCCCCUCCGCUGAUCAACAAGUUAUCACCCAAGGCCAUCAAGACUGAGAAGCCAUCGCCGCUAGGCCAGCCCCACAGUGGAUCUAUCACACAGGGUACUCCCAUUAACUUCUCCACAGCAGGCAACCCUCCCACAAGUCGAUAUGAGAGGCCCCCAGCGGGCUAUGACGGCCUCCUUGUCAAGGGCCAGCCGUCAGCGACAUCCCCACGGCAGGAGGGGGUAGCAGGUGGAGGGGGUUCCAUUACCCAGGGCACACCCAUCAACAGAGGGGGACGGGAGAUGCCAGGGUCUAUCAUGAGGGGGACACCGAUGCAAUCCCAGUCCCACGAACCCUCCGGAUCUAAAGAUUCCAGAGUUAACCAUGAGAGUCAACGAACCACUCCCAGCGGUUACGAAGCGGGCACAUCGAGGAGCACCCCGGUCUCCUAUGAAGGGGACCGGCCGCGGGUCACCCAGGCAACCUCCCGUCACGAUCAACUCAUGCAUCGCAGUAUAUAUGAAAACGCAUUGGCUAGAGGGUCACCGGUGUAUGUGGAUACCAGUGGAACUGUGCGAGCAACCAACCCAUUUGAGCGUCCCAUGCCCCACAUGGAUCCGUCAGCAUUAUACUUGGCACACCAACAGCAACGGGAUUACAUGAAUCUGAUGGCCAGAUCAAGUCAGCCAGACACAACGUCCUUCAACAGCUCCAAGGAAACGCUAGCCGGUGAUUUUGCAACAGCAAAACAGAUGAGCAUGCGGACCUCCACAAUUGCAGGGGACUAUGCAACAGCCAAACAGAUGAGCCAACAGCAACAGCAACAGCAGCAACAACAACAACAGCAGCAGCAGCAGCAGCAGCAGUUGCCGCAUCAACUGGUAGGCCAGCCAAUCACUCCACAGAUGGCACAGCAGAUCAGCCAAUCAGUGGCCCAGCGUGGUAGCCAGUACCCACCAACCACCACCAAGGAUUCCAGACUGUCUCCUAGACGAGAGUCGCCCAUGUCUAAGAACUUUCCUCCAGGACAGCAACAUGUCUUAGAUCCACAGAUCCAGCAACAGAUGCUGCAACAAUAUGCACAGAGUGGACAGAUUGUCUACCUGCCCUAUUUCCCCCCGGGUCAUUCCCACAUACUAGCUCAUCAGCACUACCCAGGGGGUAUCCCCUCCCCCCACCACCCCCACCCCUCCAUCAGUCCCCACACCACACAGGCACACCCGUCAUCCCAACACCCUGCCCACAGCGACCGACGCACAACCUCUCCAAUGCAGCAGCAGCAGCAGCAGCAGAGAGAAGUCACGUCACCGGCUGAACACUACGCCCAGCAGCAAGCCGUGAAUUUAUCCCACAGAUGGCCUGCGCCUCCAAGUGUGGGUGCCGUGCGCUUCAAGCUCCCACCCAGGGGGUCUAGCCCGGGUGCCCAUCCGGGCUCGGGGGUGCACCCAGUCACCCAUCCGGGUUCCUUCCCAUCAACGUGCUCCCAUCCUGCAACCGCUGCUCAUAGCAUCACUACAGUCCACCCAGCCUACUCCGCCCAUCUCCCCGGUGCCCAUAUGGUGGGUAGCAGCCACCCAGGAGCCCAUCACAUGAGAGGUACAAUGGGCGGGAGCAUCAUGACGGGGACACCCAUCAGGCCUCCACCCAGUAUCACCUCGGGAACGCCCAAUCCAGAGCUGAGGGAGGAAACGCCAAGAAGUCGAGCAGAAAGCACUUCAGGAUCUGGUGGUAGCAAGUCUCCUGGUGCAGCUAGUGGUUCGGAAGCUUUUCGCACACUUGUCCAUGUAGCUGCCUCAGCUGAAACACUUGGAACAGCACAGGAAAAAGAAGCAAGAAGACAGCAACAAGCCAUUCAUGAGAGUAGAGAGCGUGAUGCCAGCUCCUCUAGCGAAUCCCACGGCUAUCCACGACGACCCUACUCAACUGGUUCCAGCCACUCGGGUCCAAGCCAAGAGCGGUGGAUCUCUACGUCAUCUGAUAACCAGAUGGCCCAUCGGGAAACUGCCCCGUCUGGAAGCAGUCGCUUGACGCCCAAGGGACGGGAAUCAGAGAGUAAAGAGAGGAAGGAGGAGGUCAGACACAAGGAGCAACAGCAGAGAAACCACAAUAUGGAACGAGAAGCCUCAGCCAUCUUUGCUGCUCUCUUUGAGAAGGACAAGCAGUCAUCCCGGGUCUCAACUGAAGAGGACUCGGAGAGCUCCAGCCGCCCACUGACAGCGGCCAGUCUGAUUGAUGUGAUCAUCACACGCUCCAUCAACCAACCCAUGUUGGACAAUCAUGACCAAGGGACUGACUCGGACAGCGGUGAUGGGUUGUCUGUUGGACCGAGCGUGGCUUCCUCCAAAGAGAAGUCCAGCAAGAAUGUGUCCGACUCAGACUCGCUGCAGCCGGAGAAUGGAGACAGUAAUGCUGUACCCUCAUCGUCAACAGAGCGUUCUCCAAGUUCAGGAAAGGAUCCGAAGCAACAAGAGAAGGAGGCAUCUGGAGAACAGCAGGAAAGGCCUCAGGAAAGCCUGGUCCCGGUGACUUCACCAUCCCCACUACCCAUUACCCUGGCUGAACACAUAGACACUAUCAUCUCCAUGGACUACAAUAAAUCUGACCAGGUGAGUCAGGCAUCUACAUCAGCAGCCACUUCUGCCACCGGAAGCUCAUCCUUGAAGCGAGAUCGUGUAAAGCCAUCAGGUGUGGAUACCACAGAAAGCCGGGAACAGGGACCAUCCUCUAGCUCUCCUCGUGCUAGAUACAGGACACCAGAUAGUGAAGUCGGAUCAACCAAUGAUGCAGCAAGGAGAAGCAGCCCAGUUGCCUCAUCCCUGCAGAGUAUCCAUGGUGCUCGCAGCAGCAGCAGCAGUAGUGACUCCAGAAUGAGGAAUUCGGGAUUGAUGUCUUACGGUGGGCCUGCGGAACCGAGUGUCAAUAGCUCCAAAGAAGGUAGUCCAAGAAGCAGGGCUGCCUCCACAGCUUCUGAUAUAUCAAGUGCUUCUGCAUCCCCAGCCAGUGCCAGACCGGACAGCUACUCAAACAGGGUUUCCUCCCAGUGGGGUUCACGUAAGGACCAAGAAGCGACAUCUGCUGGUAGGGUCUCAAGGAGCUCAUCGGAACAGAGUCGAGAGGCUUCACCAGUCAGUGUCAGUGAUAUGACUCCAUCUGCUGUGUCUUGGCAGAGGAAGUAUCAACAGGAAGGUAAUGGAGCCGACAGCAGUGAGAAUGCUACCAGAGGAUCCCAGCCACGAUUCAGGGUCCACAGCUCUCAGUCAACCUCCCCACACCAGCCAGAAAGCUGGGGAAUGGCUGAUUCCAACCGGCCACCAUCUCGAGGUAGACGCAGGGACUCACCAAAGACCAUUGUGGAGCCUGGAUCAAGCUCCUCUUCUGUGCUGGAUGCAGCCUCAAGCAGCGAAGACAGAUCUCGUUUUACUCCUGGUCCUGCAGAGAGUGGAGUCAGCGAUAGCCAACGGCAGCUCAGCAGCAGCCAAUCAGGCCUCAAGUCCAGAUCAGAAGCUGAGAGCUCUCGCAGCAACAACCCAGCUCCCCAGAGCACCUCUCAUGAGUACAACUCAGAUAGUCCUCUGCAACCUGCUGAUAGUAUGUCCCAAAUGAGACAGUCUCUGAUGGGUACAGGCCAAUCAGUGGUGAAUAGAUCUCCAAAGAAUGGACAACCUAGCAUGCUUCCAAGCAGCAGUCAAGGUAGACAGCCUCAGAGGAAGGACACUGGCUUGUUCCGGUUUGAUCUCCAGAAGUCCAUCGACCGUAUGAUUGAAUCUCAAGUGAGGAUGGAAACACCAUCCAGGAUGGACCAGCAGGUCAGAAUGGAUGAUUAUGUGACGCGGCUUGUGGAGGCUGAGAUGUCUAGCUCUCGGUCUUCUCCACAGCGCUGCGAUAGCAGAGAGAGCACCAGCACGGCCGAGUCUGGUGCCCUGGAGGUGGAUGAAAGCCGACUGUCUGAUGUCUCAGACUUGGACAAUCACGAGGCAGAAUCAAUCCAGCAACCAAAUGUCUCACAGCAGCGUCCUAGAGGUUCAAGCCCGAGACUGCCUUCCCGAGAUAACAGGGAUGGGGAAGCAGCUCCAAGUUCAACACCUGUUGAUGGUGCUGCAAGGCUGAGUGUGGGCUCUUCAAGUGGAAUUGGUAGUAACAGGGCAUCAGGUGUUAUCUCUCCAAAUAUAGCCGCACAGCCUCAGCUCGAUCCCUCUAACCAACCAAGCCAAUCAGUACCCACUUCCUCACCAUCCCCUGUCUCUCACCAGGGUUUCCCAACCUCGGGCACCGGGCAGGCAGGGAACCAGUUUGCAUAUUCAGCCUUAUCGUUCAGAUCAGCGGCAGGAGUAGCCCCUGCUGCCUCCUCCUCAACAACAAGCUCCGCCCAGAACCAUCUAGCCAACGUUCAUCUCAGGAUCCCCUCCCCCCACCUUGGACCCGCUAGGGGGCCAUCACCAGUCCCUGGUCCAGGAAUAGCUGGUGUUCGUGAGAGGGAACCAGCACCUUUGCUGUCCUCUCAGUACGAGACCUUAUCAGAUAGUGAUUAACCUAGAUAAGUAGGAGAUUACAAAUAGUGUUGUUUGUUAAGUUGUAGUCGAUUACCAACGACUUGGUAAUUAAUAUUGAUCUCCAAAGCUUACGGAGAACCUAAGACUGAAGUAUGUUUAUUUUAUGUUUCUUUUGUCAACUUUCUUACUGAUAUGCACAUCUUUGUGAUAAAAGAUGGACUGACUUUUUUAAACCAUGCAAAAAAUACUCUCUACAGAAGUACAUGUACCAUUCGUGGUGAGAUGUCUGUUUACAGACACAUGGUUACAGGUUAUUUGCAGAAAAAUCUUUAUUUGAUCAGAUUUAAUAUGCCGCUAAACAAGUUUGCCCUGUUUUAUUGCAGAUUUACCAUAUUUGUAAUAACCAUCGCUGUACAAGAAUGCGUUUCUUUGGGCUAAAAACAAAACGACUAAACAAAACCAUUGAUUAAAAUUAAGAAUCUAGCUUUAUUUUGAUCUUGAAAAUGAAAAUAUGAUGCCAGUGUUUCGUGAAAAAUUCUGUUAACCUUUGAUUGUUACCCUCUCCUUGAGGAAAAAAAAUGUCCAAGACAUUUUGUCAUUCAUUUGUAAUUUUGUUUUAGUUUUACUGUAGGAAAAAAAACUGUUAAAACAGUCAAACAUGUUUUUAUUUAGACUUUUAGUUGUGUGUUAAAAGAUUAGGAAAAAAAUUGUCAUUUUGAUGAAAAGUGAAUGUGGCUGCUUUUUAGUAUUAUGAUAAGUUUGGUUGUUUUAAAAAUAGCUUUUGAUGGCAAGAAUGCUCUGAAAUUUUGGCUUGAUAUUCCAGAGCCAUUGUAUCACAAACCCUCCAGAAUCAAUCAAAUUCUAACGCUUCUGUUUGAUUGUUUUUGAUGGUUUCAGGACGUUACAGCCAAUUAUUUUGCAAGACCAUCAUUCAAUGAAUUUUGGGUCCAAAGUGUGAUAUUUUUUUUUUGUUCCUGUUACCGUGGUACUUUGUCAUUUGCCAUU